AUGAUGAUGAGUCGCCGUGGCCAUGAGGUCAAGCCUCUAGAAAUAACAUCUUCUACAACUACUACAACAACAACUUAUCCAAAUGCAGCAGCCGCAGCAGCAGCCGCCAAUGAAGCCCAUGCAACAGCCUCCUCUGCUGCCACCGCGACAACUCCAACAACUAGCGCAUUAUUAAAGGAGAGUAGACAAUUGUUGCUGAAGCAGCAAUUAAAAUUACAAUUGAACAUAAAUGUUAGUGAAAUGAUGGAUAACUUAAGACGAAAUGUUGAUGAUUACAAUUUCAUACAAUACGAUGGUGAUCUGAAUCGGAAUCUGGCUCGUGUCCAAGAAGAAGCAGAAGGUGCAGAUAGAGCAGCCCAGGUGGCAGCGGCAGCAAUCCAGGAUGCCAACGCUGCCGCCAAGCGAAGGCGAGAAAGCGAGAGUAGGGGACAAAAUAAAUUAGAUACCGUCACAACAGUGCCUCAAUUACAACAAAAAUUUAAUAAAUUUAAUAUAAUAGAAGCAGCAGCAACAACAACAUCAACAGGUGCAGCAACUACUAUAGCAGCAGCAGCAGCAGAAACAACAUUAGCGACCACAGUGUUGUCAUCGUCGUCAUCAUCAGCCGCAUUAACGUAUACAUCAUUGACACAGAAACAACCGCAGAAUACGGCAUUAGCUAAAUUUAAUCGAAUUAUUGACAAUACAGUGCCGGUUAUUAAUAAUUAUCAACUACAACAACAACAACAACAAGAAAAUGUUGCUGACACUACAUUAAAACAAACAUCAGACCAUUUACAGCAACGCCAACAAGAACAACAACAACAGCAUCAACCACAACCAAUAGCCGUAGAGAUGCCUCUGUUAAGUGAUAGUUUGAAACGUAGAUUGGCAUCACAUCAUUAUACCGACCUAAUUGUAAAUAAUUCAGAAAUUAAUUUCUCAUCCGAUAGAACCGCAACAGUCAGACAAACACCACCACCACCAACAACAACAACAGCAGUUACUUCUCAGAUAUCUUCUUUGCAGCAGCAGCAGCCGAGACUUGGAGCUUGUAAAGACUCCUUGGAGGAGGUGGCCGCCCCAAAGAAGGUGUCUGUUGAAGAUAGCCAAUUGAAACGAAAUGAUGUUCAUUAUUUGUUGAAACAAUUAAAUAGUUUUAGUGAUAUUGAAGAAAUAGAAAUUGUUGAUAUGAAGCAAAAACAGCGUCAGCAACAGCAACAAAAGCUUAUUAGAGACAAACAGCAACAGCACCAACAACAGCAGUAUGCGGGUCCACAGAAUCUUGCAACAGAAACCGAAACUUCAAUGCACCAACAGGGCGAGGUGUUAAGAGCUGAGAUCUUAACAGUUGCCCUGCCACCGCUUCUUGAUACUCACGAUACUUCGUAUGCUUCCACCCACACCACUUCUGCCUCCACACCGCAUAAGCCACAACAAGUGGCCACUUUGCCCCCUUACAUCUCUAGUUAUUCUCAACACAUUUCGGGUACAGCCCAAAUUAGUGAUCAAACACAAUGCCACACCACACAGCCACAACCACAACCACAACCACACUUUGUCCAACUUCCCCCCCGCAAUGAUUCUGUGACCGCCCUGGGGCAGCAUAUUGCCGAUGGUGGUGCUGCUGAUUUAGUAGGUGGUUAUGCCAUAGAAAGCAAGCAACAUUUUCAUCACGAACACACCGCCGAAGACGGCGCCGCCUCCUGCUCCUCCCCCCCUAAUAAGACACCCUCGCCCACAGCAACAUCACUAGUGAUAUACUCACCCUCGUCACAAUCGCACAAAGGCAUACGGCGUUAUGCCUCACUUCAUCAGCAAAAUGAUGGCGAAACACUAGAUCAGCAUGACCAACAUCAUUAUAGGCGGCGCUACCAACACCAUCAUCAUCAUCAUCAACAUCAACACAACACUCAUCAACAGCAUUGUCAGGCACAUGCGCAUCCCCAUCAGCAUCAUCCCAUGAAUGCACAUUACAUUUGUCGCCUGCCGCAUGAGCAUUACUCCGAGGGCUCAAUACUCGAUUCGGCAGCGGCCCAAGCUGCAGCCUGCGAUCCGCUGGCCUUACAACAAUUUGUGGAUGAUUACAUAUUUCAAUCCUGCCAUUAUCUGGAAACAAACAAUUUUGCCGCCAACUAUUGCACUGCCAUGGUCGAAUCGUCGUCGCAUGAAUUUCGACCGUCCACCACAACAACUACGCGCACCUCCAACGAGGAAUAUGACGAUGAGGAGUGUUAUGUUGAGGACCACUCGUCGGCGCACUCAUUCGAAUUGCAUGAAUGUGAGCCACCGACGGUCAUAUGUAAGGCUCCAGCGCCGGCGCCGGCGCCGACUGCACUACCGCCACAACAUAUACGCGCCUCAAUGCGUCACUUGAUACCACUGUCCGCAUCAACAUUGCCGCCACUACCGCCGCCUCAAGCACCCCCGUAUACAAUGGAGACACGUUUAUGUAGCAGCGGUGUACAGACUGAUUUAACGGCUUCAUCUUUAGCGCAAAGUUUUAGCCUUAGUUCAUCGUUAUCGUCAUCGGAACAACGCAAACGCAGGCAGCCCAUAUUCAAGUGUUGCUAUACCCCAUUGGAUAGAUGGCGGGAGAAGCGCCAACAGCAGCAGCAGCAACAACAACAACAACAGCAACAAAUUCAACUACAAAAACGCACAAAAACUGUUACCAACCAGCAACAGCAACAGUCCUCCUCCUCCUAUAGCUCUGCCAAGGCCGGCGCCGCCGCUGCCGCCUCUACCACCAUAACCACUACAUCAUGUUUAAAGAACACCAGUGUUGCUGUCGUUGAGGCCGGCGGCAGUAUUGUUGGUAUUGAGCAAGCAGCCAUUACCGCCACUACUUCUACCACCGCCGCCGCAACUUCAUCUCACAUUGUUCUCCAUUCACAGCAUCAUUCUCUACCCACAAAAAAUGCACCUUAUGCAGUUUGACAAAUGCCUUUGAAGCAACAGAUUUUUUAUAAAAAUGUUGCUUGCUUUCUAGCCAUUUAUAUACUCUUACCUUAAACGAUACAACAACAAAAACAAAACAACAACAAACACUAUAUAGUUUUCCUUUUUGUAAAAAUAUAAAAAAUGGAAAUUUUUGCCGCCCACUUUAACAAAAACAAGAAAGAAAAAAAAAGAAACAAAAACUAAACAAAAAAAGAAGAUAUUUAAAAGAAAUGAACAAAAGAAAACACGAUAAAAAUUAUAUUUAAAAAAGCCGCCGCCGCUGUCUUAUUUUUGUAAAUCUCUUUUUUCUCUUUUGCGAUAUCAACAAUUUUUUGCUAUUUCCUUAAACUUAAGAAGAAGACGAACAACAACAGCAACAAGAAGCAGAAGAAAAUAACAAAAAAAAAACUACAACAACAACUAAUUUUUUAUAACCUCUUAUAAAAGUCCUAUGCGCCCUAUCCUACCUGCCCUACCCUACACCAAACCACAAAAACAAAAGGCCUUUCUCCCUUCCUAUUUCCAAAAAUCACUGAGAAGAUUGCAGAAAAAUAAACUUAAACCUCUCAAACUAGAGGAGUUUAGGUUUAUUUUUUUGCAAGUAUUUACUACUCUCUUACUCUCACUCUCUCACACAACAACUACAUAAAAUCAUUUCUCAAUAUCCUAAAAAUGUAUCCCGUUAUAAAACAAACAGACAAAAACAAACUUAUGCAGCAGCAGCAAUUAUUGCCUAUGCCGCUCUAAAAAUGUUCUUCUCCUUCUUUUCUUUUGUUUGUUUUCUUGAUUAUUGAAUUAAUGUUAUAAACACAAAACAUUGUAACGCCAUCUUUCUAUUGUUAUUUACAAAAUAAAGAACCGAACUUUAAAACUCAACUCAACUUCACACACUUCCACACACACACACGCAACCUACAGCCACAACAAAAUUCUUAAAGAACAGCCACAAACUAAAAACAACAAUCACUUGGAAUAGGUAAAAUAUAAAAUGUCUCACUUAUAAUCAUCUCUCUCACUCUUCCCCUCUGUCUCUCUCUCAGUCUCACUAUGCUAUCACUUUUGUUCUCAUACACACAAACUGCUUACGAAAAAUUGAUUUAUUUUUUUUAAUUUCAAAUGAAGAAAUGUUAAUGAUUAUGAAAGAAAAAAUCAUAGAAAAAUAAAAUUGCCCAGCAAAGACCAUUUUUUAAGAUGCUAUUGUAUAGUUACAAACACAAACAACAACAAAAAACAAUACACAUAAAAUGUUAUAUUGUUUUUUUUUUUCUUUUCAUAUUCUGUUAUUCUUUUUGAGUCUAAUGUACUAAAAUGUUAUUUUAUUGUUAUUGCUGAAGUUCAAUUUAUUUUUUUCUUAAACAUUUAUUAUUUAAUGGGAUUUAAUCUCCUUUUGUUAGUUUGGGUUUAUUAUGGUUUGUUUUAUAUGUUACAGUGCUAAAAUUAUAUAACAACUUUGUGUAAAUUGUCUUCUUCUAUUUUCAUUAAUAAACAUUAUUUUGAUUUAUAUAUUUUGCA